UCCAGUUGUAUCUUGUGCAGACAUAUUGGCUGUUGCAGCUCGUGACUCCGUUGUUGCUUUACAUGGACCAACAUGGGAAGUGGAACUAGGAAGGAGGGAUUCAACUACAGCAAGUAGAACCACUGCCGACAAUGACAUUCCAACUCCAUUGAUGGACUUACCUGCACUUAUCGACAACUUUAAGAAGCAAGGUUUGGAUGAAGAAGACCUCGUUGCUCUCUCUGGUGGCCACACACUAGGGUUUGCUCAGUGUUCCACCUUUAGGAAUCGCAUCUACGAUGAGACUAACAACAUUGACUCAACCUUUGCAAGUCAACGUCAAGCAAAUUGUCCGCGUAGUGGUGGUGAUUCCAAUCUUGCUUCCCUUGAUCCUACACCUGCUCUUUUUGACUCCAAAUAUUUCAGUAACUUGGUGUCUAAGAAAGGGCUAUUGCAUUCUGAUCAAGCACUGUUUAGCGGAGGAGAGACUGAUGAGCUUGUUAAAACCUAUAGUACUAACCUAAGAACUUUCUCGAAAGAUUUUUCUGAGUCUAUGAUUAAGAUGGGUAAUAUCAAGCCAUUGACUGGAAAUGAGGGCCAAAUUCGUGUCGAUUGCAGGAAAGUGAACUAAGCACGUGCUUCUUGUAAAGUAUUUAAAAAAAUUGAUUAUUUUUCAAUUGUGUUGUGAUUUUAAUUCAUUUGUAACCUUUGUUACGUUAAUUGUUCGGCCAUUAAUUUUCCAAGAAAUUGGAUCUUGUUGUUUUCAUGUG